GGAAGCCCCGCCAGUGCAGCCCGUCAACCAGAAAUAAAUCAAUAAUAAAACCCUGCCCAUAAAAGCUUUGUAUUUUUAGUUCCCAAAAAAUGGCUCCUUCAACUCUCUUCCUCUUAGUACUCUCUGUACUGAUCUUCCUUCAAAAAGCAAACAGCAAUAAAAUUCCUUGCCAUAAUCCAUGCCUUAGAAACAAACUAGAGGUUCGAUUCCCUUUCGGAUUUGAUAAUAAUAGAUGCCGCUAUCCAGGUUUCAAUCUCUCAUGCAACGAUCUCCAGAACCAGAUUAUCCUCAACCUCCCAAACACAGGCAACUUCACUGUCCAAAACAUCAACUACCGAAACCAAACAGUAACUAUAACGGACCCACAAAACUGCCUUCCGAAGAAAUUCAUGGACUCUUCAUUUGACCUUUCAGGAUCUCCUUUCAUUCCUGAACACUAUAAUCAUUCCUUCACCUUCCUAAACUGCUCAUCAAAUUCUUCCACCACUGUAUCUGGGCUAAGGCGUAUUGAUUGCCUUAGCAACGAGAACUUUACUGUUGUGGCCAUGCUAAUUAAUUAUGAGUCGUUACCUUACAUGCCAGCACCUGCAUCUUGUACAGAACUGAAGAAAAGAGUGUUCGUUCCGGUUCUUUGGUCUCGUUGGUCAGAUAGUGAAGCGAAAUUAAAAUGGAAUGAAUCCUAUUGUCGACGGUGUGAAAAGGACGGCGGGACUUGUGGAUUCAAGGGGGAUACUGGUCUGACCAUUGAAUCCAAAGGUCGACGUAGCAACGGUCCUCUCCCAAGAAGUGCAAAAUAUGGCAUCGUACUGGGUGCUGGAAUACCAGGGCUGCUAUGCAUCUUUGGGAUUGGUUCUUACCUGUUUGGUCGACUCAAGGAAUAUAGCGGUGGCAAUCAACCCACCACCGAAUUCUCCACCGCAAUUGCUCCACAACCAAGCGUAGUAAUUACUGGUCUUGAUGCACCAACAAUAGAAUCUUACCCCAAAACCCAACUUGGCGACAGUGGAAGAUUGCCUAAGCCUAACGACAACACUUGUCCUAUAUGCUUAUCUGAAUAUCAGCCCAAGGAUACACUGAGGACUAUCCCUGACUGCAGCCAUUACUUCCAUGCUAAUUGCAUAGAUGAAUGGCUUAAAAUGAAUGCAACAUGUCCAUUGUGUCGGAAUUCGCCAGAUGGGUCAUCUGUAAUGACCCCUUCCUCUCCCUUGUCCUCUUCGUCAUCCUCAUUAUCAACACCAUUGCCAUAGAUGAUGACUGGUUAUAUUAUACAGGGUAUUUUUUGCUAGGUUUUGAUUGUCAAUCGUACAUGUGUAUUGCUUGAUGUGUGUGUAUAUGUAUUCACUAGUGGUGGCCAACCAUGUAUGUACUUCAUUUGAUUUUGGGAAGUUCUAUAUGAAAUACCAAAGAGAGAAGGUAGAGGAUA